AUGUGUUCCUUCAUCGCCAUCGUCGCCGUCCUCACGAGCGCCCUGCUCGCAUCCGCCCAAGUGGUGCCUCAAGGCCAAGCAGCGCCUAAAGCCCAAGCGGCGGCGGCUCAAGCCUGCUGGAGAUGCCCGUCCGAUCAAGGACAGUUCAAGUUCCAACAACAGGCUGGAAGCGACCCACUCCACUGCCAAUUCUUGAAGGACGGAAUGGCUUAUUAUUGCGAUUAUAAAGUGUGCGAUUCCUUGUUAAAUAAUCCACGCGACGCGCGUAUGCGCUUCUGGUCCGAAGUUGAUUCCGACGAUGUGGCGAUCUACCAAUGUGAUGCUAGAUUUAUUGUGAUUCAAGGCAAGUAUGGGAUAGGAGCAUGA